AUGUCCGUUCUCCUCGAAACCAGCGUCGGCGACAUCGUGAUCGACCUUCUCGUCGAUUAUGCGCCGAAGAUGUGCGAAAAUUUCGUCAAGCUCUGCAAGACCAAAUACUACAACUUCUCCCCGAUCCACUCGAUCCAGAAAUCCUUCUCGUUCCAGACUGGCGACCCUCUUGGUCCCAUGUCACCCGAGUCCGAUGGCGGCACUUCUAUCUGGGGCCUUCUUUUGGGAGAUGGCAAAGAAAAGGCCUUCCCGGCUCUCUUCCACCCCAAACUAAAACACCUCGAACGCGGAACUGUCAGCAUGGCCACUGCCCCGCAUCCUUCAGACCCAGAGACACGGCUGGCAGCGUCGCAGUUUAUCGUUACCCUCGGGGACAACACAGACUAUCUUGACGGAAAGGCGGCCAUUUUUGGUAAGGUGGUCGAAGGCUUCGACGUGCUGGAGAAGAUCAACGACGCCAUUGUCGACGAGCGCGGCCACCCCCUUGUCGACAUUCGCAUUAAGCACACAGUUGUCCUCGACGACCCUUACCCCGACCCCGCAGGCUUCCGCGAACCUAGCAGUUCCCCGCCGCCCAGCAAGGCACAGCUUGCCACGGUCCGCAUCGGCGAGGGCGAAGAGCUCUUGGAUGAGGAUGCGAACGAGGCCGCUGCCGCCGAUGCGGAGCGCAGGAGAAAGGAGCGCGAGGCGGCCGCCCAGGCUCUGACACUCGAGAUGAUGGGAGACCUGCCUUUUGCCGAAGUCAAGCCUCCAGAGAACGUGCUGUUUGUCUGCAAGUUGAAUCCGGUCACGACAGACGAGGACUUGGAGUUGAUCUUUAGCCGUUUCGGCAAGAUUCUGAGCUGCGAGGUGAUUCGAGAUCGCAAAACCGGCGACAGCCUCCAGUACUCCUUUAUCGAGUUUGAAGACAAGAAGAGCUGCGAGGACGCCUACUACAAGAUGGACUCGGUGCUCAUCGACGACCGACGAAUCCACAUCGACUUCAGCCAGAGUGUAAGCCGGCUGAGCGAGGUCUGGCGCAACGAGACCAACAAGAAACGCAAGAGCGCCGCGGUCAGGAGACGGGGCGGCGGAUGGGGUGGUGUCAAAGAGCUGGAGAAAUGGCGGAAGUACCGCGACGAGGACGAUGAGGGCCCCGCCGAAGUAGACUACGAAAUGGUUCACGGAAUGGAGGAAAUGCGGGGGCGACACGACAAGGACAAAACGGCCGACAAGGGCGGCCCAAGAGAUCGGGAAGCCGAUGGCCACGGCGACAUUCGCCGACAGGAUAGGGACUCCCAGAGCUACGACAGCGUCAAGUUCAGUUCAGGGGAUCGUAGCAUGAGGCGCGAUAUCUCACGUCGAAGCAGAAGCCCCAGACGAGACAACUACCGCGGUGGACGGGAUGAGAGAUCUGGCAGCCGUGGGCCGAGCCGAGAGGGUCGGGACUGGGACCACAGGCGCGAUCGCGAUCGCGAUCGCGAUCGCGACCGCGGCCGCGACCACGGUAGAGACCGUGACUGGGGCAGGGGCAGGGAUAAAGACAAACCCCGCGGCCAUCCGGGGCGCGAGGACUUCAGGGGCAAAUGA